AUGCGGCAAGCAGACUUGGUUAGGAACUUGCCGCGUCGUUCGCGUCUAAUCCGAGGCGGUGGCAGUGAGCUCGAGAUUCGAAAUUCAAAUGUGGAACGCGUGGACGCGCGAGGGUGGCCGCAGCGCGCAACCGCACACCAGCACCGCCUGCCGAGAUGUGCCGGCGCAUUGCACUUGAACGUUGAACUAGCGCCAAACCGGCCGAAGACAAAAGCCACUGCCCGCCGAAGCGGUGCUGGCCGAUCAACGCCUUCGAAACACGAUCGGGUUGGACCUACGUACUCCUCAACGGGCCACAACGCGGCCAAUGGACAAUGGACCGCGAAACAAAACUGCCCCGUGGCUUACCGA